ACAGAGCUCUUUGUGGGAGCCGACGGUCCCGCACCGCUCUAGCCUUCUUGCGGGUUUCUUCUACCGUAGCAGCAUAACGGGGCUCCGGCCUGAUGUCCGAGCUGCCUCAGCUUCUGAAGCCUGUUUGAGAAAUGUUUCACCAGAGUGCGGAGGAGGCGAGAGACACCAGCUUUAGCAAAACAGGUGCGUGUUGGGCUACAUCAGGAUAAAAGGCAAAUUAUAAACCAUCAUGAUUCCCGUCACAGAGCUCCGAUACUUUGCUGACACCCAGCCAGCGUACCGCAUCCUGAAGCCAUGGUGGGACGUUUUCACAGACUACAUCUCAAUCGUCAUGCUGAUGAUUGCGGUGUUCGGCGGGACACUGCAGGUCACACAGGACAAGAUGAUCUGCUUGCCUUGCAAGUGGGUCGUUAAUGACUCGUGCGAAGUCAUGCCCAUGCCGAAUCUGACCACCCACUACGCACCGGAACCCAAAGGCAUUCAGUAUGACCUUGACCGACAUCAGUAUAACUAUGUAGACGCAGUCUGCUAUGAGAAAAAACUACACUGGUUUGCCAAAUAUUUCCCCUAUCUGGUGCUACUCCACACUCUAAUCUUCCUGGCCUGCAGCAACUUCUGGUUUAAGUUCCCCCGCACGAGUUCUAAAGUGGAGCAUUUUGUCUCCAUCCUCCUCAAGUGCUUCGACUCCCCGUGGACAACGAGAGCUUUGUCUGAGACCGUGGUGGAGGAGAGCGACCCCAAGCCUGUGGGGAAAAUGAACGGUUCAAUGGACAAGAAGGCCUCAAACGUGAGCGAGGAUGUUGAGGCCAGUGUGCCCAUGCUCCAACGAACAAAGACCAGAAUUGAACAAGGAAUUGUUGAUCGCUCUGAAACUGGAGUUUUAGAUAAAAAGGAAGGGGAGCAGGCCAAGGCCCUUUUUGAAAAGGUUAAAAAGUUCAGAAUACAUGUAGAGGAGGGUGAUAUAGUGUACCGCCUUUACAUACGUCAGACCAUUAUCAAGGUAAUAAAGUUUAUACUGAUAUUUGGCUACACAGCCCACUAUGUAAAACACAUCAGCUUCAAUGUGCUGUGCACAGAGAAUAUUCAGAAUCUAACCGGGUACAGCUCGUUCCAUUGCGCCCAUCCGUUAGCAACUCUUUUCAGGAUUUUGGCCUGUUUCUACAUCUCCCUGGUGGUAGUUUAUGGACUCAUCUGCAUGUACACUCUUUGUUGGAUGCUCAGCCGCUCCCUGAAACGAUACUCCUUUGAAGCAAUCCGUGAGGAAAGCAGUUACAGUGACAUCCCAGAUGUAAAGAACGACUUUGCCUUCAUGCUGCACAUGAUAGAUCAGUAUGACCCUCUUUACUCCAAGCGCUUUGCUGUGUUUCUGUCAGAGGUGAGUGAAAACAAGCUGAGGCAACUCAACCUGAACAAUGAGUGGACACUGGAGAAGCUACGGCAGCGUAUCACCAAGAACUCCCAGGAGAAGCUGGAGCUGCACCUCUUCAUGCUCAGCGGGAUUCCAGACACGGUGUUUGAUCUGAUUGAACUAGAGGUGCUCAAGCUGGAACUUAUUCCAGAUGUUACUAUCCCUCCAAUCAUCGCCCAGCUUUCCAACCUAAAAGAAAUGUGGCUCUAUCACACCCCGGCUAAAAUUGAGGCUCCAGCUCUGGCCUUUCUAAGAGAGAAUCUGAAGUCCCUCCACAUUAAGUUCACUGAUAUCAAGGAGAUCCCAUUGUGGAUCUACAGCCUGAAGAAUCUCAGAGAGCUGCAUUUAACCGGGAACCUGAGUGCUGAGAAUAAUCGUUACAUUGUCAUCGAUGGGCUCCGAGAGCUCAAAAGUCUCAAAGUGCUACGGCUUAAGAGCAACCUCACUAAGCUUCCCCAGGUGGUAACGGAUGUGGGUGUGCACCUUCAGAAGCUCUCCAUCAACAAUGAGGGCACCAAACUAAUGGUGCUCAACAGCCUGAAGAAAAUGGUCAACCUGACUGAGCUGGAGCUCAUUCGUUGCGAUCUCGAACGUAUUCCGCACUCCAUCUUUAGCUUGCACAACCUGCAGGAAAUCGACCUGAAGGACAACAAUCUGAAGACAAUAGAGGAGAUCAUCAGCUUCCAGCACCUGCACCGCCUCGUGUGCCUGAAGCUGUGGUACAACCAGAUUGCCUAUAUCCCCAUUCAGAUCGGAACACUCACCAACCUGGAAAGGCUCUAUUUGAAUAGGAACAAGAUAGAGAGGAUCCCCAGCCAGCUUUUCUUCUGCCGCAAGUUGCGCUUCUUAGACCUGAGCCACAACAAUCUGACCAGCAUCCACCCAGAUGUGGGCUUCCUCCAGAACCUGCAGUAUUUUGCAGUGACAGCAAACAGGAUUGAGACGUUGCCCCCAGAGCUGUUCCAGUGUAAGAAACUUCGUACUCUGAAUCUGGGGAACAACUGCUUGCAGACUCUACCGUCACGUUUUGGGGAACUGACCGGGCUGACUCAGCUGGAGCUGCGAGGGAACCGUCUGGAGUGUCUUCCGGUGGAGCUCGGUGAGUGCCGACUGUUGAAGAAGAGCAGCCUGGUGGUGGAGGAGGACCUGUUCAACACGCUUCCCUCAGAAGUGAAAGAGCAGCUGUGGAGGGCCGAUAAGGAACAAGCCUGAGCCGAACCACUGUGGACAGCUGCAGAGGAGAGAAGUUUGAUCAGAGGAAUGAAGAAGCAGUGAAAUUUUGUGAAACUUUGAAGGAGAUGCAGCAGUUCUGGCCCAACAGGCACAGGAAAGUGAUGGCUUUUGGAAUUGUCUCAUGCCUGCCAGUGGAAUAAUCUCAUAACCUAGCUUGGCGAUGAAAGGUGGUUUGGUAUUGUGGCCUUUCAGUGUUUCAUCCAGGUGAUGUUGAGUAUGCAUGCCACAAUAGGAACUGUCCAAAGCAAACCCGUUUAUUUAAACUUGCACGAUUCAACCUUGCCAGUGAUCUAAAUGUGCUGAUUAUCACUACUUUACUAUCAACAGGAAAUAUGCACAGAAGAGUGUUAGCCUGACGUUCUCUGGCCUCGAGACUGAAAAUCACCUUUGAGUUUUAUACGGUUAUAUCUGCAGAUGAGGUGCAGCGUGCCUCACUGUGAUAGCAGAUGUAAUCGAACAAAUGACAGCGCAACUGAUAGCCGAUGUGUUGAGGCAUGAAGCUUCGCCGUGUUGUUUUUCCUUCUGGCUUUCUUUAUGCUCGACUUACUCUGAGGCAUUUUUUUUACGUAGACAAAAUGACUUGAUGAAGAUUAGCAAAUCAUCUCACGGGUGAUCUCACAGCUUAGGCCUUAGCUCAGAAGAUGAACUUCAAAGAAACAAAGCUGUCAAAUAUUCAGUGGAAACAAAUGGGAACACACUCUACAGUUCAAUGUCUAAAUACCCUGCAGUUGUUAAACUAUAACAUCAGUCUGUGAGGCAGGCUGUUUGUUAACUGCAUGGGAAGUUAUGGUGGACAAAUCCAUCUUCUUUCUUUGAAUCUUUCUGUUUCAACGAGCAUUAUACUUUUUUUUGAGUGUGUUACUUUAUCAGAUUUAAUAUGACACCUUGUAAUGUGUUGGGAAAAGGCCAAGAAUUUAUUUUGGUGUACUUUUAAAUUGUACCAUACAUUAGCAUUAUGUUUGGGCCUGUGAGAAGGGCUGUUUUAUUGUGAAUAUUGGAAUGCAAUGUUAUGCACAAUAGACGUGUAGUUUUGGUUUUGCAUUUAUUUUAAAAAGAAAUUGUCAAAGCUAUACCCAUAUUAUUGUUAUUUUCUUUGCUAUGUUGUAAUUACAUGUAAUUAUGUGAGGUUAGCUGUCCUUGCAUUACAAGUCACAGCGGAUUUCUUUUGGUUUUGUUUUGUUUUGGGUUUUUUAGGUAAAAUAUAUGGAGCAUAGAUACUGCUAAUCACACAUCGAGUAGAUAAUACACUUAAAAAAUGAACAAGAAUGAAGGUACUUCUUUUCUUUAUUCCUUUUUUUUAAUGCGCCAUAUGAUUUAUGAAGCUUUAGUCAAGCUUUACAUGUGUGGGACUCCCAAAGGAAAUGAACUUCAGAUGUGAUAAUGGAAAGUUUAGAUACUUCCUGUUUGAGAAGAGUUGAGUCAAGCUUCAAAA